AUGAAUUCACCCAACUCAAUGAGAAGUUCAUUAAAGCGAGACGGGACUAUGAAUCUCUCCUGGAGGCAUCCAUGUCGCACCCCGCCCAGCCUCCGUAUGGCAGGCCUGGUCCAUCUCAGUAUGGGUAUCCUGGGCCCGCGGCAUCCAUGGGCUAUCCUCAGGGCCCUCCGCAAUCUGAGCCUCAAAGAUAUUUCAGCCCUCGGCCUCAAGGUUUGUGACCCCCAGCGGAUAUUAUCAUCUAACAUAACUCUAAUGUCACGAGAAGAAACCCAGUCGCACCAGCCCAAUACAUCCCCUUACUACGGUGCAGACCAAGCGCCUAUGUACCCUCCCACGUCUCAAUCCCCCGAUCCGCGCAACCGCACACCCCCAGCUGGAGCAUCCUAUCAGCCUGUGCAUCAUCGACCAGAAUCCACAUAUGAACACCCGCAAGAACUAGGAACAUCUGUUUAUGACUCCCCUGUCGAGCAUCCUUCCGCAAGCCAACGACUUCCAUAUCCUGCCAGUGGACAAGCCCCGCCGGCUGCACAGCCCCCCUUCCAGCAGCAGCAGCAACAGCAGCAGCAGGAAUACCCACCUUAUGCCCCUGAGGAUGCAGCUAAGCCACAACCCCCCUACCCUAUAGGCCCAGCUUCCAAUCAGCAACCACCAAUGCAUCAACCGCCCCCUGUCCCGGGCACAACGUCAACACCGACACCUUACCCUUCUUUAACCCCCGGAGCAGCAGGCUAUCAAGCAUACAACCCAUCGCAAGGAACGGCACCUAACUCAAACCCAGCUUCAUUUUAUCGCUAA